UAUCAUCAGUUGAGGUUUUGGAUGUCAAGUUUGUGAUCUGAAUAGAAGUAGUUGUUGUAUUGUGACGUUACACUUCUAGGAUAAAAAGUUGGGAUUUUCGUUCUUCCUACUUUUUCUUGAUGAUAGCAAAUGAUGUCCUCUCCAAGUGCUGGGAAGCGACGAAUGGACACAGAUGUUAUAAAACUUAUUGAAGGCAAGCACGAAGUAACAAUUUUAGGAGGUCUGAACGAGUUCUGCGUAAAAUUCUACGGCCCUAAAGGAACACCGUAUGAAGGAGGGGUUUGGAAAGUUCGGGUAGAUCUACCAGAAAAGUAUCCUUUCAAGUCUCCUUCAAUAGGGUUUAUGAACAAGAUCUAUCAUCCAAAUAUUGACGAGAUAUCAGGAACAGUGUGUCUGGAUGUCAUAAAUCAAGCAUGGACAGCAUUGUAUGAUCUUUCCAACAUCUUCGACUCCUUCCUUCCUCAGCUGUUGACGUAUCCUAACCCUAUCGAUCCUCUUAAUGGUGAUGCUGCUGCAAUGUAUCUACAUAAACCAGAAGAUUACAGAAAGAAAGUUCAAGAUUAUGUCAGAAAAUUUGCCACAGAAGAAGCUCUUAGGGAACAAGAAGAUGAAUCAUCCAGCAGUGAAAGCUCGAUGAGUGAUUUCACUGAUGAUGAAACAAAAGAUAUGGAGUUAUAGCAGUUGGCUGGGGAUGUGGUUGGGGGGGGGGGACUUUAUAAAAGAUGUUAGCAACUAUUUCUCUCACCACCUUUAUCAUGUGUAAUAUAAACAUUCUGGUUUAAAUUUGAAGAAGAUUAGAUGCUGAUUGUUGAACAGUUUUGUUGCAACGGAACCUUUAGAUUAAUGGAUUGUACUGGUUCCGAUUUGUUAAGCAAUUAAAUAGUUGACAAAAGACAGUUGCAGCCCCCCUUUUGUCAUCUAGUUCCAUUGUUGUUCCAGAUAAAGAAUGGAAAAGAAAAUUCAUUCUUUAUACAAAGUCAGAAGAUAUUAAAGUUAUCAGGUAUUCAAAAAAAAAUGUUUAUAACCCUUCAUCAUCAGUAUACAUCUUGUAUCAUCUGCAGAACUGUACGAGUAAGAUGAUGUUUGUCAUCGUUGCGUUACUCAUGUUUGCAGAGGUACAUUGUAUACUUGCACACUCUUAGAGCACCGUUACUUGAAAUCUAAAUCCAGCUACCCUGUCAAGAUUGAGAAGGUGUAGAUUUGUCUCCUGCAAACCUUUAAAAAAAAACACCACUUGGAGUCUUUGUUUACAUAGCUGAUUACCACAUAAAUAUUUUCACAGUAAAGUCCCUUAGAAGCUAUGUCCAACCCUGGUGUCAGGAAGAGUUUUUAUCUUGUCGUCAUCAAGUUAUUUCAGAGCAGUGUCAUCUAAAGUCUGGUCAGCUAGAUUGUCAUCAGAAAAUCACUAUCCGAAGCUACUUGGUUAGUGUGUAAAAUUGUAUGACUCGUGGAUACGUAAUGUAAAUUUUACUUAAGGACACACCAGACAAAAGAUACACGGUUGAACUCAAAGUGGAAAGUGUAAUCUAUUCCCUUAGAUGUGAGCUGGUAUCUUCACCCUAAACUAUGUGGCUCAGUUUUUAAUUUUUAGUUUCAGCUGUUUUUAUCACUCAGUUUGUCCUCGUAUAAAAUUUCUACUUGGUCUGCCUUUCGUUUUCUGAGAAGAAAGUUAAUAACAAGUAGUGGUUUCAACUAAUUAUAAUCUAACGUACCAGAUUUUUAUGAAAUACAAGUUGAAAUUAAUCUCUUUACUUUUAUCAAAAACACAAAAUGAUUAUUGUAUAAACUUGUUGUUAAAAAUGUUGUUUCAUCAAAUGAAAAAAAUCAUUUAUGUCCGCCAUAAGUAAAUAUAUAUACGUCAGUUUCCAAAAGGUCUGGAUAAUGUAUUGAUAGCUUAUCACAGGACCUUUAACUUUUUAUAAUUUAAGAAAUUCUAGGUGUUUGGAUUUCUUGCUUGUUGAACUACUGAUUCAAUCUAGUACGGCAUAAUAAACUUGUAUGAGUUUAGAAAUCCAUAAAAAAAAUCAAACCGUCUCUAUUUUGUAACCCAUCUUAUUUUUCUUGCAGAUACAGAUAUGUUCGUUUUAUUUGUUAUAAAAAGCUUUGGAUAGAACAUUCAUUGCUUGUUACAGGAUCUAACUUUGAUUUUUUCUAUCCUUUGUUAAGAAUCUAUAGUUUUUGUUUCUUUACCAGCUGGUUCCUACAUUUGUUCAUGUUCGAGAAACUUGGUAUUUUCACUCUCUUCGGCAUUAGUGAGUUUGUACUUAUAUAGUAAACCAUUGAAAUACAAUAUGGGUAUUUGUAAGUCUGAAGACAGAAAAAAUAGUAGCAUGUAAUAUCUAUAAAAAUUGAUGUGUAGUUAAUACUUGUAUGGUAAUUUUGCCAUGAAGACAUUACAAAAUUAAGAGCGACUUUUUCUUUGUUUUCCACCGACUCUUGAAAUUUGUAAGUUGCAUUAAGCUCAUCUGGGUAAUAUUACUUGCAACAGUUUUGAGAUUAGGACUAUAUCCGUUUGACUCUAAUCUUUAGAAAAGUGGUAAUUUUAAAAGUUUCAGAGGUUUCUAUUUUAGUAAAAUGAAAUCGUACUGUACGUGUAUGGGUACAAAUUGGAAGGAUUGUUGUAAAACAAAACGUUUAGCUUUGCUGAUGUGUAUUUGAUAUAUUAUAAUAAGGGUUCACAGCUUUGACGUAUGUAUAAAACUUAAGUUAAACUAACAACUGUGUGACAUUUCUUUUCGGAAUGUGAGCUUUAGAAAAUUUAAGGUUUGAAAUGUGACACAAAAAUCGGUCACCCUCAAGAAAGGUCUGCCUUUUAAAAAAAAAUUGGGUUUAUGGUUUGUUUGUUUUUUGUGUAGUCAUGACUUAGUGUAUAAAUUUGCAUCAUUUUGGGCACAUUAUACAUCAAUUGAUGUGCUCGGUAAUAUGCAUUAGAAACUGAAAGAGUGUAGAGAUAUGAGGACUUAGCAUACAACAACGCUUCUCUGACAAUGAUUACUAGGUAUUUCCUUUUUGCCAGAAAGAUAGCACAAGCGUGUAAAUAUGUGGAUGUAGUUGUAGCUUCGAAGGGCUGAGGUGUUUGUAACAUAAUAAUCUAGUUAUAUAUAAAUUUUUCUUCAUUAGAUUUAUGGUGUGUGUGCGCCUCCAUCAGUGUGAUAAUAAUGUAGUGAUCAGACGUUUUAUACUUUUCACAGUAUAUUGAGCUAUGUUUAGAAUGUAUUCACAAGUUGUACUGUGUCGUACAGUUGGUUUUUUUUUAUAAGAAGACACAGCUGUGACACUAAUGUUCACGAAUAACUUUUUGAUGAGUUCUGCGUCAUAAAUUGGUAAAUUCUCUGUGUUAAUUAGUUUCAAAUUUUAGAUUGGAAUUACCUGUGCAAUUAUGUUGAUGUAAUGAAGCGUACUAAAUGUGAAGUAUGAUGGAUUGUGUUUUAUUUGAGUAGACAAAACACAAAGACAUGUUGCAAUACGUUAAUUGAAUUACAUCUUGCAUCUUUUAAUUUGACCAAUUCGCAACUUGAAUUAUUAAUUUUUAUCUCUCUAACACUUCUUCUAGUGAAAGAAAAACAUGGUACACCAAAAUUUGCAUGUUUUUGUACAGAAAAAGUGAUUUGUUGAAUAAAACUUCUUUUAAGCAGUUGUGACAUUGACAAACUGUACAGAAAUUAAUUUGAAUGUGUACUGUUUAGGAUGAUAUUUGUAUCAAAUCUUUCCAUAACCUGGAAGAGUGAAAAGUGGUUCACGAACUUUGUGGCUUAACCUAUUCAUUUCUUAUUGUAAUGAUAAAUCAUUCAUAGAGCAAUUCUCAGAUUAAUGUUGAUUGAAUUUACUUGAACAUGUUGUGUGCCAGUGUUAAUAUCGGACUUGGGUUGCAUUAUAUAUUGUAUAAACAUAGUCAAGAUACCUUGCUACCUGAUACUGGAUUUAAUGAUAGUUGGGAUACCUUGCUACCUGAUACUGGGUUUAAUAAUAGUUGGGACACCUUAGGAUCUGAUACUGGAUUUAAUGAUACUUGGGAUACCUUGCUACCUGAUACUGGAUUUAAUGAUAGUUGGGAUACCUUGCUACCUGAUACUGGAUUUAAUGUUAGUUAGGACACUUUGCUACCUGAUACUGGAUUUAAUGUUAGUUAGGACACUUUGCUACCUGAUACUGGAUUUAAUGAUAGUUAGGACACUUUGCUACCUGAUACUGGAUUUAAUGAUAGUUAGGACACUUU